AAACGUUUUCCACGUGUGAAACAAAUACUGGUGCAUCAGCAUUAUAAAAACUGGUUAAAGCUAUUUUAGUUUCAUACGUGUUCUUAUACUCAUACAACGCUUUUAGCCGAGUCAGGCAAUUUCUUCUUAUUUGCAAGUGUUUCGUGACGUCAGAUGGUCAGAUUAUCUUUGAUAGCACGUUGAAAUAGCGUUGGCGAGCAUUUUAAAACAGAGUCGGCAGCAACACUCAGCCUUUCUCUCUCAACGACAAUUUACCGAGUGUUUCUGUAGACGUUUUAAUUCAACACCUUUGAAAGAAGUGAAAAAGGCCAAUUUUACCUUUGGAGAAGCGAUAAAAAGCGAUUUCGCAGCCCAUAGGGUCCUUUCGCUGUGACGUAAUUCGUGAUUGUUUUGGUUAAUAUUACGGGAUGGACAAUGAAUGAAAUUCGAAUUCCCUCGGGCCAAGUAAAUAUUGAAUUUCCAGCCGAGACAGCAAUGAACGUCAAUGGAGAGAUGGCCGAAGCACUGUCCACGGUAGAAAACAGCGACAACACACCGCCAGUUGAUGGCAUUUUCGCUGCCGAAUGUAUCUUGAAAAAACGAACCCGAAAGGGUAAAAUCGAGUACUUGGUGAAGUGGAAGGGGUGGUCUGCAAAACACAACACCUGGGAACCGGCCGAUAAUAUCCUUGACGCUCGACUGCUUUUGGCGUAUGAAAACAGUCGAAGGCGAAGAGGGAAACGUUCAAGGUGGCAACGAGGGAUUGCAACAACUUCUAAUAAAAAGCCGAGACUUGAAACGGGUCCAAGUUUCUUCAUGAGAGGCGAUGGGAAUUCACUAGGUUGGGAUGGCAUUGAAGACGAAGAUUGCAGAGGAAGCUUGCAUGAAAGCGACAGCAGUGAUUCUAGUUUUGUUGGUGACGAUGCUACAAGUAACGAAUUUGAAUUCAAUGACACUGAAGAUAAUCCGUCAGCGUGUUUGCAUUCUCCACAACAAGUUCUUGGCUCGGAAUUAAGUUUAUCAAGCUCGGAUGCAGCACCGCGCUUACAGAGCACCCAAACAGGAAAACCUCUGGCAGACCACAAAAUGGCAACACUCAACGUUAAUGACGCGGGAAGUUCACGGGAAAAACACAGCAAUAAUUCCAGCUCUGAGCUCCCGCCGAAUGGGCCGAUUUCUGGAGAAGAAAAGGAAGAUUUCUCCUUGAGCAAAGCUAGUAUCCCUCAGGAGACGAAAUUAAAGAUAAAUUCGGAAGGAUUAAACGGUCAUGAUGAAAAAGGUUCUCUCUGGGGUAGUACAUCCGGCAAACCAUGGCGUGAAGCUGUGAAAGUUGCCGAUAAGGUUUAUCUCGACUCAGCAGAACGUGAAAUCACGAAGACGGCUUUACAGAAACGUCGAGAAGGCAUAAGCAAUGCUGAAAUUGGCAGCAACGGAGAAUUGAAACAAAUGACAAUGAAAAUGAAUGGCGAGAACUUUGUCAAUGUAUCCUCCGUCACGGACUUUGACAAAGGCAGCCACGCAAAACCUGGCAAGUCAGGCAAAAUUUUUCGCGGUGAAGGCGGCCAGAAUCAGACUGAUACAGCCAUCAGUGGCUCCGAUGAAUUUUAUAGAAGUUUGUCAGCGCAAAAUAAACACCGCCGUAACGGAGAGUUGCUUGUCUCGGAGAUGACGGAAAAUACAUAUGCUUCUCGCGCUUGCCUACCAAGCGAAAAUGAACACUCCACUAAGUCUACGCCAGUUGAAAGCUGGAGAAAGCCUUUGAUUGACCAGAUCUUCAUUACUGAUGUAACAUCAAACUAUGUUACAGUUACGGUGAAAGAGUGUUUAACUGAUAAAGGGUUCUUUCGGCAAAGGUGAAACGCAGAAAUCAUUUCAGUUGAAACUACUAUCAACUAGCGAGAGUUUCAUUUCCAGUUCAUUCGGUCACAGACUUGGAUGCGUAUACAGUUGUCAACAAUUUUACGGUCGCUUGAUGACCUUUGCGCCAUGCUAAUGGAUCAUUUGAGCAUGGAUUGAGCGUUUCUUACUUCAGUUCGUUAGAUGACAAUAGGCUAGAAGAGUAUAAAUAUCGAAACCUUUGCGACAUCUUUGACGUCGGUGUCGUAACAGCUCCGAAAUUGACCCGAUUUUACUCGCACGGUAGCCUUCAAGUUAUAAGAGUUCAUUGUUGGGUUUUUCUGUAGGAUUUGAGGGUUGUCGUUUUGAUUAAAUCUAACCUAUAAGCAAGCAUCUGUGCUUUAAUCAAAACAUAGGGCCACGAUUAAAUACAGAUGCGAUGUCUGCAAAUGAACUGAAACAUCGGGCAAUCCUAACAAUAACUUCUUCCUCGUGACCCAAAAAACCAAAUUGUGCCCGAUCGAACGACAGGUAAACUGAAAGUCUAGUUUCAAAUUCUAGAACGCUUGUGAUAAAACCGUUAUCCCGCUGGUUCGAGCUCUCUGUCGUCGAUGAUCACAAAGGAUCCGAACUGUGAGCAAACUAAGUUGUACUCAUUUACAUCAACUGGGAGAAAUAUUGGGAGAGAAUUGUGUAAUUUUUGCUAUAAAGCAAAGUUUUAUCCUUAGUCUACAACAGUUCACACAAACGUGUUUAGAGUGGACAUUGUUUAUUGAGCCACGAAGCCAGAAUUAUUUGUUUUUUGUUUUUUUCCAAUACAAAAAAACAGCAUUAACCAGAAAGAACUUGAAAUAGGCGAAAAAAUUAAAGUUGCGUAUACGAUCUUAGCUUCGCGAAUGAAGACUUAGAAACCGUCAUCGACAACGUUAUUAUAAUUGUCAUACUUUGUAAUGAAAACAUGUAAAUUGAAGAUUGUUAGAUAUUCACAGAAUGCACUUAAUCCUCGAUUUGAAAUCUUGCAAAUUUUGUGAUAAGCCAUGAAGAAUUAUUCGAUACGUUUUUUGUUGAAUAUUUCAGUCGGCGAGAUUAAUAAAACUGCCUACAUGUGUGGGCGCUAUUUGUAGGUCCUUAGCGGCCGUUGAGUUAAAAUUAUGUACAGGAGAAGUGUAAUAACCAAAAUAAAAGUUAACAAAAAAUAUUACACUCA